CCUGUACUUCCCGACGAGUGGAGACGUGAUGUGUCUUGCGUGGUAGCUGAAAUUGUCUUUAUUGUGCCGAAAACUUAGGAACAUCUUCCGUCAAGUGGUGUAUGGCAACCUCAUUGAUCAUAUAAGUCGAUUGCAGUACUGAAAUCAUGACCAGCAGCAUCAUUACAUGCCUGGCAUGGGUGCCACACGGUGUAGCCAAGGAGAAUCCAGACAAGGUUCAGAUGGAUUCAGAUGAAGUCGAAGCUUUUGUUGAGAAAUCCCAAACGGGACUUAAAGGUGAUGCCAAUCAAAGUGGCGAGGCAGCCUCAGGAAGUGGUGGUGUCACACAGCCGUCCAGUGUUGCCAUGGAAACAGCAGACGAUUUGGCAGAAUAUGAUCUGGAUAAUUACGACAGUCCCGACAGUGAUGGAGAUGGGCCGGUUGGAGCAGAUUCCUUCAGUGGUCUGGCCAUGUAUGCCAGCAAUCAAGACGAUCCCUACAUCACUCUUCAGGAAGAUGAGGAUGACAAAGAGGAUAUGGCAGAUCUGACCAUCAAACCCAGGGACAAUCUGAUCAUUGCUGGGAGGGCUCAGGAAGACACAAGCUGUCUGGAGGUAUACGUUUACAAUGAAGAUGAUGGCACCCUCUAUGUUCACCAUGACAUUCUCCUCCCAUCAUUUCCUCUGGUCGCCGAGUGUAUGACCUUUAACCCUAACGGCUCCACCCCAGGCAACUUUGUGGCCAUGGGUUACAUGACGCCAGUCAUUGACGUGUGGAACCUGGAUGUGGUAGAUUGCCUAGAACCAGCAUUUACUCUGGGGAAGACCAAGAAAAAGUCCAAAAAGAAAUCUGCAAAAUCCAGCGACGGCCACACUGAUGCGGUGUUGGACAUUGCGUGGAAUAAGCACGUCCCCCACGGCCUGGCGAGCGCUUCAGCAGACAGCACCAUUGCAUUGUGGGAUAUGACCCAACAGAAGGCCCUGUCUUUGCUCACUCACCAUUCCGACAAGGUGCAAUCUGUGGCGUGGCAUCCAUUUGAGGCACAGUCUUUAGCCAGCGGCAGCUUUGAUAUGUCGGUGAAAGUGUACGAUUGUCGCAGUCCUCACGACAGCUUCAAAACCUGGUCCCUGGAUGGUGAGAUUGAGCGAGUCAUUUGGGACCACUUUCAACCGUUCCACUUCCUGGCGAGUACAGACAAAGGCAACAUAUAUUGUAUGGACGUCCGGACAGACAAGUCUAUCUUCACACUGAAAGCUCACGACGACGCAGUGACUGCAUUGAGUCUGAGCACCGAGGUGCCCUCAUGUCUGGUCACGGCCUCAGCGGAUCAUCAGUACAAAGUGUGGGACAUAAAGGACAACAAGCCUUCUCUGAUUGUGUCCAAGGACCCCAAGAUGGGAACCAUUAACUGCGUCCACUGCAGUCCCAACUCACCGUUCAUCUUUGCCUUAGGUGGGGAGAGAGACGGCAUGAGAUUGAUUGACAUCACGUCACACGCACCAGUGCACAGGCAGUUUGGCAAACGACGACGCCAUCCUGCUCAACAGACCCACGCCUCUGAUGAAAGCGACCAAUCAACGAGCACGCACCAACCUAGCACAUCACAUGAUUCAGAUAUCUCCAUGGAAACGGGGAGAACGGCUUCCACGGAAACCGGCGCCAGGGGCGACAGCGAAAAGAAGGCAAAAAAGAAGAAAAAGAAAAAGCCAUCAACAACUUGAAUUCACUGGAUUUUUUGUGUUGUCUCAUGAUGCUUUUUAAAUUGUAAAAUUUAUAUUCAUCAAAAUGUGUCAUAAAUUAUUAUGCUGCAGUUAACUGGGCUUUAAUAUUCAACUUCAAUAUGCAUUGUCAAAGAUCAAAUUGGUCUGGUUCCCUGACUCGACAAUUCUCCGACGUCUAUGAAUUGCCCUGUUUCGUCUGAGGUUUCGUCUG